AUGGCCGCGGACCUCGAUUUUGAUGGCAAGUCGCCAUACGAGGUGCUGGGCCUCGAAAAGGGGCCCGAGAGCACUGCAGAUGAAAUCAAAAAGGCCUACCGCCGCCUGGCGCUGAUCAAGCACCCAGACAAAGCCAAGACGCCAAACGCGGCUGCCGAGUUUGCAGAGCUGCAGAAGGCCUACCAGGUCCUUUCAGAUGCAGCGGCGAGGGGCGCACUGGAUGACUACCUCUGCGCCAAGGCCGCGCGCGAGGCGCGGUACGCGCAGCAGGAUGGCAAGCGGCGCAAGAUGCGUGAGGACCUGGAGCAGCGGGAGCGGACGGUGGUGCGGGAGCGCACAGAAGAGGAGAAGGCCAAAGCGCGCCUUAAGCAGCCGCGCCGCGGGGAUGCACGGGCUGCGCGCGGCGGCGGGGGCGCGAGGGCAGGCGGCUGCCUCGAGGCGGGCGGGGGAGGGGCGGCGGAGGCGGGCUGA